CUCUGAAACUGAAAGAAGAGAUUGAAAAGGUGAAAAUGGAAAAUCAGACCCUUAAGACCCGUCAUCACGACCGAAUCUCAAGUAACAGAAGUGAUGAGAAAAUUAAGGAUCCAGAACAAGAACUACAGAAGGCAAAACAAAUAAACGAUAAAUACAAAAAAGCUUACACUGAAGUCGUCCGAGAAUAUGAAAAGGCGGUUGCAAAAAUAGAAAAUCUUGAGCAAACAGUGGCUGAAGAUCAGCUUUACCGAGACAAAAUUACAAGAGAAUAUACGUCUGUAAAGGAGCCAUUGUCUGCAUUACAAAAUCGAUACAAAGCGGCAAAUGACGAGAUGGUUAAGAUUGAAAAAGAAUUGUCUGAAUCAAAAUCGCGACUAAGUCGGAUGAUGGGGAAUAAGCUUGGAGAUAACAACCCUGAUAUAGCAGAUCUUAGUGAUAAAAAUAGGCCAACGAAGCUUGCCGAGAAAAACACAGAGCUAUAUGACAAUGAGUGGACAGAUGCUUAUGAAGUAUUUCUGAAUCACUAUAAGACGGAAAAGCAAACCAUUGAAAAACUACUUGAAAUGCUACAGGAUAUAAAAAGCGAGUGUGAUAAAAUUACUAAAGAGCAAGAACUGAAACUGACAGAAGCACUGAAACUGAAACGUUCAGCAGGAAGUGUACCAGAUCAUGUUUUUAAACAAUUGAAAGAUUUCAGAAGAUUUACAGCUGAAGAAUCUCUCCCUGAAGUUAUUGAGAUAUGUUUGAGAAGUCUCCGCUAUAAAAGCUACACCCGAUUUUUGAAAAGUACAGAUGUGCUUAAGUUUUUCAAGGGAUGCGUGGAACUUUGUUGGCUUAUGAAUGUGCAAGAUCCUCCGCUUGUUUUUGGAGAUACACCAAUGAAGAACGACCAGUUUGAUGUCAAUUACUUCAAGUUCUACACAUCAACUGGGUCGAAUUUUGAGUAUACAGUAUGGCCUGCUUUACUCUUAAAGAAAGAUGGAGCAAUUCUGAGUAAAGGUGUUGCACAGGCCUCUAGUGAACAAAAGGCGGAGUCGCAAAGACGCAAAACUAGAAAUGCUGAAGCAGCAAGAAACGGUACGGGAUCUGUUUCAAACGAACGCAUUUGGGAUGAACGGAAAGACAAGAAUCUGUCAGAUAAAAACCCAACUACAAAAUAUUUGUAUCAUAAUAAUAGAUUUUCUCAGAGCCAUGAGGAUAAAAACUAUAAACAGUCAGUUGCUGGCGGCCCUGAGCAUUUCACUGAUAAAAAGACUUUUAGUCAGAGAGUAAAAGCGCCUGGAAGUACGACUGUUGCUGCCAGAAUGAGCAGAAACAUCGGUAGUAGAUCACAAAGAGAAAGUGAAUCAAGUGAAAGUGAAUCAGGGAACUCUAGAAAGCAAGUUCGCUCGUAUAGGUCGAACUAUUCAGAUCUCGUCAAUAUGUAUGGUAUCAACAGUCCUGAAGUGAAGUUGUUGGAAAUAAGGCUCGGAAUUCAGUCGACAGAAUCUGAUGUGUAAGGGAUUACUAGUAUUUGUACAGUUUCUAGUUUCUAAUUUUAACUUUCCUACUCUCUUUCUACAGGCAUAUGGAUUUAAAUAAAACACUGAUGCAUAUUAUAUUUCUGCAAAAAAGAGUCUUAUUUCCAUACAUCAUUAAAUUCAGGUCAAUAACGAAAGGGAGAGCCUUUACUCGAAAUGGAGAUUUUUCACUAUAAUUUUGUUAUUUAAACUGUUAUUCAUGUUAUACAUGUACAUGUAUAAAAUGAUAAUGCAUAACAUUUAAUUUCAACUUCACCUGUGUUUCUUAAAAAUACACAUUGUCCGCCUUGUUUUUAUUAUAUUAGAUACUUUUUCUAUGGCUGAUCAAGUUUCCCAUCGCACUUUUAAAAGUUUUUUGUUGUUGUUUUUGUGGGUUGUUUUAAAGAAACAUAGGAUCUGUAGUUAAUAUUUUAAUUAUUUGUUAAGUUUUAAAAUAGUUUGGGGUUAAGAUUAGAGUUGUCUGUCAGAAUGUUUUACUUCCUUGAUGCAUGUGAUAUGGAUAUCUCAUAUUUGUAGAAAUUGACUUGUAGAAUUUUAUAAAUAUAGUAUAACUUGGGCAAACUGUUGAUCAAAUGCGUCCGGAUACCCGCUCUAAACAAAUGCAUUAAAAUACAAUUAAUUAAUUUACCCACAAACAUAUUUCUUAUCAAAAUCUCAUAAUUACAAAUAUGUACAAAUAAAAUAGAUAAAAAAAUCAUUUAUGUACAUGCCCAUGUAUUAUCAUGUUAUAUUGUAUGAUUUAACAGUUAUUAAUUAUAUAGAAAGAGUUUGUAUAAUUGUAGACUGAAAUACGACGUACCCUAAAAUUUCAUGAAUUCGUGAAAUUAAUUAUAAAGAUGGUCAGAGUAUCUUGUGAAGUCCCAAUCACCUAUAUAUUACAGACAUAUCUAAGUGUUUUAUAUUUAAAUGAAUAAAUGGUAAAUAACUUUACAUAAUACAUUAUCUUGUUUGUUAUGUUAGACUUUAGAUAACACUGUCAUUGCAAGGGUCAUACGGCGACUGAUCAGCUUUACUGGUGGUGGAAGAACUCAGGUGUCCCCUCGUGAUUUAUUUCAGGCAUAAGCGGACACAUGAAAACAACCUCCGACCUUCUGUAAGCUAGCUUGAUAGCUUCCUCGAAUAAAAGAAUCCAAGGCCCAAGGACGGGAUUCGAACUAGGAAACGCUGAGGAGCAAAUGAUUUGAAGUCAGCGUUAUUCUACACAUGUGACUUCGUAAGAAUUACAUGUCGACCGGUGAAUUACAUAAAAUUAGGUUUAAUGAAAUGUAUGUUUUGAUAUAUCGAAUGUAUAUCAAAAAUGAAACCUGCUUUUUCUGUUUAUGUUUUAUGUAGAUCUAUAGAUGUAUAUAACGUGUGCAUAUUGCACGUUGUAUCUACACAUGUGUACAUUGGCAUCAAUGAUAUGCCUUUUGUAAAUACAUACAAAAACAUUUCAUUAAGGAAGUGGUUUUACAGCAUUACUUUCUAAAAAGAGUUUUAUAUUUGUCUUUACGAUUUGAAAAAAACAAUGAAGUCUUACAUUUUACAAAUUAUAUCAUGUUUUAUGAAUGUGCUUUGAUAGAAUAUUAUUUUGCACGUUGAUUUGAUCUUAUUAAAGAAAAAGUGUUUGCUUUGUAAAUUGGUUAUAAAUUUGUG